AUGAUGGUGCAUUUACUUCGAACUGUACUGCUGUUUCCCAUAUUUUUGUUAUUAAUUUUUAAUUCUCUUUCUUUUACUGAAUGUGAGAGAAUACAUGAGCUCACAAAAUUCAAACAAGAGAGUCCAAAUGGUUUGAUAUUUUUCAAUUUCACAGGAUAUCAACAUUUCGUCUUGAUGGAUGGAAGGGACUAUGAUUUAGUUAUCCUUUAUACAGGAACAAAAAAGUCGUGUCCAUCAUGUGAGACUUCAAGUAAUAAUUUUGAGGUAAUGGCUAAUAACUAUUACAAACAAUUGAAACCAAAUCAAAAGAUAUUUUUUGGAUAUUUAUAUGUAGAUAAGGUAGAAAAUGUGGUUGGAAUUCACAAACUCAGGUUCCUUCCGGCGAUUAUUUAUAUUGAAUCUUCAAAACAAUUUUUAACUUCUUCUCUUUCGUUUAGUAGAGAAAACCAGUGGAGAAUUCCAGAACAAAAAGAUGUUUCUAGUGCCGCUAUGAUCAGAUUCUUAAAUUCUAGAACUGGAAAUAACUAUGAGAUAAUCUUAAGCUUUGAAGAAAAAGUUAAGAGAAUUUCAAUGCUCAUAUCUUUACUUGUUGUAUCUAUUUUAUGCAUAUACAAUAUUAUUAUGCUUGCGAGAAACAAACCAUUCAUCAUAAUGAUACUUGCAGUAAUCGCAUGCUCAAUAUCAAUGUCAGGACUAGUUUACAGUAUUCAACAUGGGAAAUAUCAGUCAAGAGACUUCUUUGCUCCAAACCCUAGAGUUCAGAAUCUGCAUGAAGGUAUGCUGAUGUCAAUACUUAUGACUUCAUCUUCAUUAUUUCUAUUUUUGACUCCUUUUUUUAUUCACGAAAAAAUCUCAAUUUUUAAGCGGAAGAUCUCGGGUUGGUCAGCUUUCAUAUUAUUCAUUUUAUUUACUUGUUCAGUACUUUUUAUUUAUUUCGGCUACAAAACAAAAGUCGCCUGGUACGCACCCACUUUUUACCCUCCACCAGGUUAUCUCAAGGGACCCCUGUUAGUAGAUAGAGGAAACUCCUUCUGA